CGAAUGCCGAAGCGACUGAGCAAGACACAGCAACAUAUAAACGGGCAAGAACGGGAUCACUUGGAGUAUCGUCUGCAAAAUGGGUCACAACAAAGCUAGACGCUUCAAAGGCCACCAAUCCCACAGAGGCCAAAGCAGUAGAUUCCAAGAACCUCCAAGGGAAUACGAUUCUCUUCCAACCGAUCAAGCGGAAGAAGAGGAGCUUUCUGUUCCGAAAGUUCAGCUUGCUAUGUGGGAUUUUGGACAAUGUGAUGCAAAAAAGUGCACGGGACGCAAACUUUCAAGAUUCGGCCUGCUGAAAGAGUUGCGGGUGACUAGUGGCUUUGGUGGCAUUGCUUUGAGUCCUGUUGGGAAUCAAUGUGUCUCAAAAGAAGAUUAUAUCUUAAUAAAGAGAAAAGGAUUAGCAGUUGUGGAUUGUUCGUGGGCACGCUUGAGUGAUGUUCCUUUCACAAAGCUGCGAUGUGCUGCUCCUCGCCUCCUACCAUGGCUGGUGGCAGCAAACCCAGUAAAUUAUGGUCGACCAUGUGAGCUCUCUUGUGUGGAAGCAUUAUCUGCAGCUUUAUUUAUAUGUGGGGAAGAGGAAACUGCAAAUUUGUUGCUAGGCAAGUUCAAAUGGGGCCAUGCUUUCUUCUCUCUCAACAGGGAACUCCUGAAGGCAUACUCUAAAUGCGAAAACGGAGCUGAAAUUAUAUCAGUUCAAAAUGCUUGGCUUUCCCAACAAAGGCUACAGGUCCAGAAGGCACUCCCAGAUGAUGAAGGAGCAGGUGUGUCAUCUCAAAAUGAUGAUGAAGGCUCAUGCGAUGAUUCUGAAGACGGGCUUCCACCUCUUGAAAAGAAUUUAAAUCAUGUAAACUUAGAGGAAAGCGAUUCUGAAGACGGGCUUCCACCUCUUGAAAAGAAUUUAAAUCAUCUUAACUUGGAGGAAAGCGAUUCUGAAGACGGACUUCCACCUCUUGAAAAGAAUUUAAAUCAUCUGAACUUGGAGAAAGGGGAUGAAGAAAGUGAGUAAAAUGGCCGUAGAAAACUUUGCUACUCGGUGCAGUUAUGAAAAUAGUUUUGAAUGAUCACUGGAAAAGGAAAAGGAAAAGAAAAAAAAAACACCCAGAAUUGGUUGAACAGGAAAGUGUUGGACUGACGGGGAUGGGUGAAAUUGCUGAAAAUGCAUUUCUGAAAUCUGUACCAAACUCACUCCUAAUAUCAUGGAUUGUUUUAUCUUGCUUUCCUGAUUUAUUGGUUUUCUGUAAUGGUAUUUUGGAUUUUCUUUGCGAUGGAAUGAGAUGGGUUUUUGAAUGAA